UCUGUUGGUAUUAGUUAUAUAUUUUAUUUUGCAGCUCACUGCUAGUUGCUGUAGAUAAUUACUAAACUCUGAGCUUCAUUCUUGGUAAGAGAAUGGACUGGUUGCUUAUUUGUUUCCCAUGUAUCCUUGUGCAAUGUUAAAAUUCCUCCUGUAUUUCUGUCAGAAUUUCAUUUGUCAUAUCUGUCUUCAAACUGGAAGUAGAACUCUGACUUCAAAUGCUUUUGGUAUUCUUGCUUUUUCUUGUAAUCUGUUCUAAUCUAUCUCAUCAAAAUUUUGACCAUCAGCGACUUUGUUUUCCCGUGCCUGAGGUAUGAAAUAGUUGUAUAUAUUAAUAAAUGAUAAACAGUGGUUUUUUUUGCAAAAACAGCUUGUGAUUGCUGAUUUCUGUUAUGAAGGUUAUUUUCAGUCAGGCUUCAGUAUUCUCCACUAAUGUUUUUAUUAUGUGGAGGGCUAAAUUGAGGUCUUUAGAGGCCCUUGAGCACUUUAAGGAUUUUGGUGCCCUCACAUAUUUCUUCUCUUUCUGGCUUAGUUAACUGCACCAUAUAUUGCAUAGUAAACCUGGCAAUGGAAAAUUUGUGGUGCCCUCAUUCCUGAACCCUUUGGAAGCCAAUCAGGACUUAUAAUUCUGUUGUAUAUUAUUAUUUUAAGUCUGUUUGCUUUCCAUAUUAGAUGCAUGUUUUAUUUCUUGUCCAAAACUGAACUUUAUGAAAACAUUGGUGUCAAAUGAAUGGAUUCUCUACAAGUUGCAGAAAUAUGCACUCUGCAAUAAUGCAAACUUAUUUGAACUUUGACGAUUUCAUUGCUAUCAUAAAGAGUGAAUUUCUCUGAAAAACUCUAUCACUUUUUGAAUCAAAUAUAACUCUGAAGGCUGGGAACAAAAGAGAGAAAAGCUUCUGUUUUGGAGGAAGAAAAAGCUUUUCAAAGUUAAUGAAGCCAAUCAAAAUAUAUUAGUUUUCAAAUACGAUAUUUCAGUAAUCCUUUGUUUUGAAAUGCAUUGAACAAAACUGAAUAAUGAAUGAAUGUAAAAAAACAGGAUGAUGAGUAUAACCAGAAUGCAGAAAAUUUGAUAAUUAAAAGGCAAGCUUUUGUUGAAACUGAAUGACAUUGGGAUAUAUCUCAGAAGGCAGUUUUCUUCGUCUUUAUUUUUAACAAAAAAUCUUAACCAUAUAUGAAGAUUAACAUAAUACUUUCAUCAGCUGCAAUGGAAAUAAUGUGAACAAGAUGAAAUUUCAAAACGUUAGCCCAUUACUAUUGGAUUCUAAAGAGGGAUCAGUAUAUUAAAUACAGAGAACUAAAACUGUAAAUGAAGAAUAUGGAAACUUCAUCAGAUAGGAGUAGAAAUAAUAUGAAAGAAAAAAAAAUUCAAAAUGAUAGUCCACUAUUAUUGGAUUCUGAAGGAGGAUGUACCAGAUGCAAAUUAUGAAGAAAAUUGACUGUAAUUACAUUCUAAGAGUGAAGAACGUAAGGAUUUGCGAGAUGACGACCUGACGGUUCUGCAAAAGAUGAAAACUGCCUAUGUGAAUUGUCCACUGGCUCUACUGAAGAAGUGUCUGGAUGAUAAACAGAAGUUAAAAGUUUGGACUCGCAACCACAAGGAGGUUCGAGGGAUUUGUACAUGCAGGCUUAUUGCAUUUGAUAAACAUUGGAACCUUCUUGUGCAAGAUAUUGAUGAAGUGUACAUCAGACCAAGAAAAACUAAAACACCUUUUCUUCGGGAUAUUGGCCCAAAUGAAAAUAUUCCAGAGAUGCAGCCGAAGGUGCCUAAGCAACGCACACAGCCUAAACCAGAUGAGGAAACUACUGUUAAAGCUGACUCUGAUAAUCAAAAUGCUGAUAAAUCUGGAUCUGAGAAGAAGAAAAGACGCAAAAGGAAGAAGCCAGGACCUAUUUCUGAACGGCGUCAUUUUCCUAAUUGUUGUGUUAUCAGAGGUGAUAAUAUUGUUAUGAUUUCUCCUGUGCUUGGGGUGGUAGAGGACUAAUGAAAUUUGGAUACACAAAUUUCAUGGCUGUAAAUUCCUGUCCUCUCAUCAUUUCAUAAUCAUUUGAUGUCAUGUUUAGGCACUCAUGCCUAUUUUUUUACAUGAAAAGUUUUAAAAUAUUUGAUAUCAGUUUAUGUAAAAAUUGAGUUAUUAUUGUCAUCGUUGCAUCAUUUCAGUAGAAUUUUUUUUUUCGUGUAUGGUUUAUUUCAUCUAAGAUAAUGAUGAAUAUAAUAUUGUCUUUUGGAUUAUGAAGCCUUUUCAAUAAAUGUUUUUUCCUUUUUA